AUUGACUCAGUAACAUUAGUUGACUUGACUAUAUCAAUUUCCUCAAAAAAAAAAUUAAAAUUAAAAAAAAAUUGACUAUAUAAACUACGAAGCAACCACCCGAGAAUAAGUAACGAAGAAAUUGUCUCAGAACUUCUCACUCCUCAAAGCAAAAUCAGCCCCUCUCCGCCGCCGUUGACUGCCGUUACUCCGCUCCCGUCCGGCAUCGGAAGCAUUCGGCGGCUGACCGGCAGCUUUGCCCAGUGGUUCCUUCUUUUGAUUCUCCAGUAUUGUACAGCCAUUUUUUUUUUUAAUUUAAAAAAAAAAACAUCGAAUAGUGGAAUAAGUAAAGCAGUUAGUAAGAGUGUGGCAAUGGCGGCAUCGUCGUGUAUCUUCUGCCAAAUCGCCCGCUCUUCAACAUCCACCAUCCUCCUUCACCAGGAUCAUAAAGUUAUUGCUUUUCAAGAUAUUAAUCCAUCUGCGUUCAGGCAUUACUUGGUGAUUCCGAUUGAGCACAUACCAACAGUGAACGAUCUUCACAAAAGAUCAGAAGACUAUACAUUAGUCAGUCACAUGUUAAAUGUUGGUCAAACCCUAUUGCAAAGAGAUGCACCUCAGGCAAAGGAGUAUAGAUUUGGGUUCCACCAGCCUCCAUUCAAUAGUAUCGAUCACCUGCAUCUUCACUGCUUGGCACUUCCGUUUAUUCCCAGAUGGAGAGAGUUAAAAUACUCGUCUUUAGGGCCACUUGGAGGAUUUGUUGAAGCAGGGGUGUUGUUGGAGAGGAUAAAGCCUUCGUUCUGAAAUUAAGUGGAUUUUAUAUACUUUAUUGCAUUGCAUACACUUUGUUUGUCAUAAUGAAAAUAUACAUGCACUCGAAUAGCAAGUACAUAGAAUCACUUCCCGGAAAGUGUCGUGUAAAUUCUCUGGUUAAUAAUGUAAUGUGCCGAUUUCUGGCUACUUAUAUAUACAGUACAUUUAUUUUUUUUCCCCUA